ACAGCAGAGCGGGACACAACUCAAGAGGACAGGAGAGGAUAGAGACAAAAGGAGCGCGAGGAGCAGGCGCUGCUGCAGCCAUGUCAGACACACCUUUGCAGAGGAACGGCACGGCCACGGCGCCCUGUUUAAUCACACAUGGCUCAUGCCUAAAAAAGAGAGCGAGGGAGGGGACAAAUGGUUGGGAGUGCAAAGGAAAGAGUGGGUGAUAGAGACGGAGGGAGAGAAAAUGUGAGCAGCUGGCUGCGUGCGAGGCACAUGGUCGGUGACUAGGAGAGCUGCGUUUCCCACUGUCUCAGCGCCGGCCGUGCUUGGAUUACUCCUCUUCGUCGCCGUCUUCAUCACCAUCUCUCCCCUCUCUCCGCCGCCCGCCGCCUUCCCCGGUCUCACCUCUCGUUCUCCUUUCGCCCCCCUCUGCCCCCGCCUCCCCCCAGGAUGUCGUGUGAGGAGGCUCAGCUCCACAAAGAGCGGCUGCAGGCCUUGGCGGAGAAGAGAAAACGACAAACUGAGAUUGAGGACAAAAGGAUCCAGCUGGACGACCUGGUGCUACAGCUCCAACAUCUCAAGUCCAAAGCCAUGCGUGAGCGAUGGCUCCUCCAAGGAAUGGGUGUGGAGGAAGAGGAGGCGCGGCGGAGACAGCUGGAGCAGGACGAAGAGCAGGGCAAGAAGCUGGAGGACGUGAUCCAGAGGCUGGAGUCAGAAAUCGGGGCACUUGAGAGCGAAGAGUCUCAGAUUUCUGCCAAAGAGCAGGUUCUUCGGGAACGUCUGAAGGAGACCGAGCGCUCAAUAGAAGACCUGCAGAAGAGUCUGAUGACCCAGGAUGGAGGUAUGAGCAACGAUGCCUGUGUGUCCGGCCCGCUGUCCGACUGCACAGAACCGGGUCCCGACCACCUCAUCCUGACCUCGCAGCCUCGGAUCGGGCCACCUGCCUCCGGAGAGCCCGGCGCACCAAGACCCGCCAUGUUCGCCAUGGAGAUCAACGUGCAGCGCGACCCGCAGACGGGCGAGCGCCGCGUGCUGUCGGCGGCGCGCGUGGACCCGCUGGAGGCGGCGUCGCGCGGCGUCAAGGUCUUCGACGACGGCAGGAAGGUGGUGUACGAGGUCAGCUCCUCCGGGGGCGUGGCCACCACCGCCGUGGAGAACGGCUGGAGCUCCGCGCAGGUGGACCGGCUGGUCCAGAACGCCGCCCGGCCCGCGGGUCGGGGGGGCGGCAGCAGGGGGCAGGUGACGGUGACCCCGGCUGGGCCCCAGGCCGACGCUGAUGAUCUGUCCCCCCCCUCCUGCGCCCCCCCCUCCAUCCCCUCCAGCCCGCCCGCGCAGGUCCUCCUCCAAAGGGAGCCCCUCCUCACCAUGAUGCCCCCCGUCACCGCCCAGCCCGGCGCGUCGGCCGCGCCCCAGGCCACCGCCGAGCACCCACUCACCAUGGUGUUCCUGGGCUACCAGGACGUGGAGGACAUGAGCGAGAGCCGGCGGCUGCUGGGCUUCGACGGCGCCGUGAAGGCGGAGGUGGUGCUGAUCGACGAGGACGACGAGAAGUCGCUGCGGGAGAAGACGGUCACCGACCUGUCCGUCAUCGACGGCACGGCGGCCGACCUGGUGUCGGGGCGGCCGGCCACGUCGGAGGCCGCCAGCACGGAACUGUCGUCGGACGGCCGCGAGCCCGACAGCGCCUCGUCGCCUCCCGCCAACGCGGACUCCAACAUGGCGUCCGCGCCCGGCCUCACGCCCGCCACAGAAUUUGAUGAAACACCAGCCGUUGCCGUGACAACAGAAAAUGGGUAUCAAGCUCCCGGUUCACCCAGACAACCCAUCACUGCCAUGAAAUCGUGGCAGCCAGCCGAUGAUGUCAGUGAUACAGCGCCAAGAGAGCGACCCCUGAAGAGCGUCAGUUUCCAGGAAUCAGUCAGCAUUAUCACUGAGAGGCCCACAAUUAUGGAACUGGAGAGCCAGCAGAUGCCACAUGGCUGCCUCGGGAGCCCCAACCACCAAUCCCACAAUGCAGUUUGUGUGAACGAGACUACAGACAGCGAGAUUGUGCAGGAGAUUCGCUACCUGGACCAAGUGUUAGAUGCAGCCUCAGAAGCCUCUACCAAUGGAAACUCAUCCCCUUCAGAACACACCAAACCAAUCAGCAUCGAGGGAACGUCUCCUUCGGUCUGCGUGUCGGCCUCCUCGCCCGUCGGUCGCGACUCAGUGUUUGUGGAAGGCCCGAGGCAGACCACGUUCUUCCACCAGGAGGGCUCGGCCCUGAGAACCAACGGCCACGUGCAGGUGGAGGAGUCAGGGCGCAACAGGGCUAAGUUCGAGCUGAGGGCGUUUCAGGAAGAGAGACGCCCGGCGAAACUCUUCACGCCUGGAGAGGAGCAACAGGUCCGAGUGACAAGGAGACGACCCUCAGAAGAGGUUCAGGAGCUGGAACGUGAGCGCCAGGAGCUGAUCAGAGACCAGGCAGUAAAGAAAAACCCUGGAAUUGCUCAGCGCUGGUGGAACCCUCCUCAGGAGGUUCCUCUGGAGGAGCAGCUGGACACGGAGCAACUCGAGUCUCUCAAGAAAUACCAGGAGCGGAAACAGCAACGGCAGAAUCACUCCUACCAAUACUCACAGCCUCACAUGUCAGGUCCUCCAACAAUGGUGACGUUUGAUCCAGAGAUGACAAGAAAGGAGGACAUUGUGGAGGAACAGAUCGACUUUUUGUCGGCCAGAAAGCAGUUCCUGCAGGAAGGGACCAAGAAGGAUGUAGCUCCUCACAUGUACUCCGCUAAGCCCUUCGCCAAGAAGGGUCACCACGGGACCAGCGACGUCGCUGCCGACACGGGAGACGGUCACGUGACCUGGUCUGACGAGGGAAUCACAGGAGAGUUCACGUGCGCGCGAGCUGUGAUGACAAUCCUGCGCGAGGAGGAGGAGGCCAAAGGUCACUUCCACUCAGGCUUUCACCCGGAGGAGUGCGACUCGGGACUGGACGAGUUAUCUGUCCGCUCCCAGGACACUACCGUGUUUAGCUUGGAUAACGUUUCUGACAGCGGGGCUUCACUGCCCCCCACCCCGUUACCACUUACCCCCGUGUCCCCCCCUACUCCACAGCCCACCACUCCAGUCAAUGGGCAGACAGGCAGCAGCCCAACAGAAGACGAGCUGGACUACCAUGCUGGGGUUCUUGUCCAGAAUGCCAUCCAGAAUGCCCUGGCUGCUCAGAACGGGGACCACUGGCAAGCUGACUUGAAUUCUUCACAGCUGAGCACCCCUGUGUCUCCAUCUUCAGCUUCUACCAGUAGCCCGGUGCCAGUUUCUUCCUCCCCUGUGUCUUCGUGUGGAGCUCCCAGCCUCCAGUCACCUGUGUCCUCCAGUCCUGCUCCAUCCAACCCCUCCCCUCAGCCAGAAGUUCGAGUUAGCACCCAAGAGAAACCCUCCGAAUCACAGCAUGCUUUGCACCAGUCCUCAAGUCCAGGACGGGAGUCACUCCUCCCAGCAUCAUCCCAGCCCAUCUCUCCACCACUGAGACCCAGAGACGGGGGCCCUCGGAUCAAAAUCCAGUCCUCUUACGCCAGAGCCCUCGCCUCCUCGGCUCAGGCUCCUGCUCCCGUUUCUGCUCCGGCAGCUCCCGUUACCAGGCCCACGCCGGUCUACCGCCCCCCUUCCCCCCCCAGCCCAGAGAAGCCAGAGUUCGGCUACUUCAAGAAAUACUCGGAGGCGGCUGAGCUGCGCAGCACAGCGGACGCAGCUCGAGGCCCCGAGGUGGAGGCAGCCAGCGGCCCGUUCCGCCUGCGCUCCAAGAAGCAGCGGACCCUGUCCAUGAUUGAGGAGGAGAUCCGAGCUGCUCAGCAGAGGGAGGAGGAGCUGAAGAAGCAGAGGGAGACGCAGCCCGUUGUCGCUGUCCGGCCCGGCAGCGGCCACGGUUCUGUGAGGUCCGGGAUGCGGCAAACCACUAUUACUCCAGCUGAUAAGAUGAAGAGCAACAGCCUGCCAGCCAGACUCACACUGACAGCAAGGACCGCGCCAGGAAAGAUCGAGAAGAUUCGGCCGGCACCUCCUGUCUCCCCCUCGCCCUCAGAGGGAACCCUGUCUGACGCCGGCAGCGAGGACUCCGUAGGAUCACGACCCAAAAACUUCAUGCAGACACUGAUGGAGGACUACGAAACACACAAGGUGAAGAGGAGAGAGAAGAUGGAGGACAACAGCUACAACCGUUUGUUGCUGUCGAGCGAGGUAACCACCGAGGUUCUGGAGGCCACGCGUGUCACACGGAGGAAAAGCGACAUGGCACUGAGGUGGGAAGCAGGAAUCUAUGCCAACGAGGACGGAGAGGAGGAGGAGGAAGAGGAGGAGGAAGAGGAGGAGGAGGAGGAGGAAUAAAGAGAUAUUUUUAGAGACAUUUAAAGGGAGGAGGACAAGUAUAAUAGCAUGAUGAAACUGAAGGAAAUGUGCAAACAGGAGAGGAUGUGAAGGUGAAGAAGAAAGGAGGACAGAAACUAUUUAUUUACUAAUAGCCGUCUUGACCAGUGACUUUAUCGAGCCUGAUGAGUGGAUGUUGAAAUGCCUGUUAAGUGUCGGGGAGAGAUUUGUAGUGGUGGGGAAGGAAGGUUUCUACUAGUUGGCAGACAUCGAAUGACGUAAAUAUUCAUAGGAAGUUUUACUCAGCCGCAGGUUUAUGGUUGAACUUUAUUGUUGAGAGCCAGCAGGCGUGCGCUUACAUGACGUUACAGAUUAUUACGCGCAGCUUUCAAACAGCUUCAUCAAAUGUUCAGCAUCGACUUGAUGCUCUGCGUCCCUGAAGUGUUAUGAGCUAACAAAGGAAGAUGAUCAGAUUUGAUCCUCUCCCAUUAAUUAUUACUACGGUAUGUCUCAGCCUUACACCGGUCAUAAGUCUGUCUGUAAUCACUUCACAUCUCUGACGCUCACACAGCGGGCGACUGAUGGAGACGAGGGAAGAUGGAAGUGGCUCUUGUUCGUGUCAGCGUGUGUUUUAAUUAAAGAGCUCGGGUUUUAUAUUUUUAAAAAAUCACUUGCUUUCCCUUUUGCUGGCUGUGUCGCUUUGUUGACCUGUGCUUUCUGAUGUAAGCAGGCGUUUCGUGUAUUAUACUGAGGUGGGACUGUGUAUUUGAUACAUGAACACAGAUGUUGACGUGAAGAAGCAUUUUAUGUAUAGAACCUUAUUUAGAGACACAGUAAAUCUAAGUGCUUAAGUCUAUUUAAGAAGUAUUGAAUGUGUGCUUUAAGUGCAGUACACUCCUCUCCGUCGCUGAAACAAGCACACAACAAGUCGAGGAGAGACGGCAACAGCGGCCUCUGAGUGGGAGACGCUCUGUUUUUACGUUGCAGAAUAAUUUAUGAGCUUUGAUUUUGAAAGGUGGUGUUCUGUUUGCUUGAGGAAUGACGCAGAGAGUGCGACAGGACAGCAGAGCUGAGUCAGAGGAGACUGAGGAUGGUGAAGAGUAAACGUGAGAACACGCAACAAACUCAGACGUUGGUUUGAACAAUGUGUCAACUUGACCACUUCAACUCUGAGAUUUUAGACAUUAGGACAUUUUUGUAAACCAAAGGUUCCAGUUUUGAUACAUACAUGUACAGAUAAAAGGCACAGAAGCUAAACCAGUUGUACACGUACUAACCUUUGACAGUAUAUUUAUUGAGGCAGCGUGAGUCCAGGGUGAGCUGCUCUUGGCUGCGUUGUAGGAAACUCAACCCACCAGAAGUGAAAGUCGAGGGUUUGUGUCUCUGAUGCAACUGACAGAAGCGACACGUCCACAGAAUCCUGUAUAAGGAGAAUAAAAACCAGCAGCUGGGCCACAGUGCUGCUGAUGCUGAUGAGAUUAUUUUGUCAAGGGUUGGAAACAUUGACACUAUUUAGACAUGUGAUACGACGGCCACAGCAGUAAAAGCUCUUGUUCUCUUGUUCUGAAGCCUUUUAGGAAGAACAACUGAAACGGAAUGAUAGUUUUACAGUGGCCUGUAACCUUAUUCUUCCCCAUUGUGGGAUCAAUAAAGUCGUGUCCUAUCCUAACAUGACUGGCUUUAAGCAACACAAUAAAACGUAUACAGUAGCACACAAACCCAUUCACUGAGCUCUGAUUAGAUUCACUGUCAAUUGUGCACGCAGACGAGUUAGGCUUUAAUUAAGUGAUGUUCAUGUCCCUGAUGAUGAUGAUGAUGAUGAUGAUUCUUAUGCAUUUGUUGGUUGAACUUGUGAUGCAGAUUUAUUUAUCAUUUGAAAUGCUGGUAGCUUGUGUGAGCUUCAGUGUGAAAACCAAUAUUACUCAGCACUAUAUAACUUCUGUUCCUGUAUUAACCACUUGUAUGCUUAUACCCUGCUUUGUUAUUUUAUAGCACAUGUACGGCCGUAGUUAUACACAUACUACACACAUUAUGAAUAUUUUCUCAUUAAAAACAAAACCUGUA